AUGGCUCGUACUUGCUCUAAUUUUGUUUGGGUGACAAAGAAAAAUAUUCUGCUUUUUUGGCGUUCGUGGUUCCAGGCUAUCUUUGUAAUUGUUGUUCCUUUGCUCUUAGUAAGUGUGCUUGUUUUCUUACGUGGAAGGGCAACAAGAGAGGUAGUAAAGCAGCCUUUAAAUUGGUCUUCCUUUCGUGUAGAUAGUGGUUUUUAUUUUUCUCAUAAAUAUGUGGCAUACGCUCCCAAUGAUACACUAAAUCUCCAACUCAUGAACGCGGUUCAUAUGUAUACGAAUUUACAACCUUUUGGCUUUAAAACGGAAGGUGAUGCUAUUGCGUUCUUUCAGAGCAAUGAUGUCAGAUCCAAAGAAACAUUAGGAGCCGUGAUCUUUGAUCCUUUUUCCAAUUUGAGUGUGGCAAGUUAUACCAUAAGACUUCGCUCAAAAAAUGACUGGUCUACGAGAGUGUUAUUCCCAAUGUUUUUCAAAGGCGGCCCAAGGUCUAAGGAUAUUGCAGCGUCUCCUCCAAACUAUAAGGAGGAAUUUUUAGUUUUACAAUAUGCUAUAGAUCGCUCCUUAAUCAACAUAAAUUGCAAAGUGAAUGAUUCCUCCCAAAAAUUGAAGGUCGUAUUACAACGAAUGCCGUUUCCACCUUAUAUCAAAGAUGAGUUUAUAAUUAUCAUCCAAAAGCAACUGGCACUUAUGUUAAUAUUGGGCUUCAUUUUCCCAACAUUGUAUUGCACUCGACUUAUCCUGAUCGAAAAACAACGAGGAAUGAAAGAAAUGUUAAAGCUCCUGGGAUUAGGAGAAUCAACGUAUUGGUUUUCCUGGCUGAUUACAAACUUGUUUGUGUUUACUCUCAUUAGCCUCUUUCUUAGUAUUUUACUCUGUUUCCAAUUAUCAGGAAAUGGCCCUAUUUUGGGGCUAUCAAAUCCAUUCCUUAUUUUUUUGUCAUUGCUCUUAUACGGUAUCAGUAUUUUUACGUUUGGAUUUGCUCUUUCUACUUUAUUCAACUCUGCUCAUACUGGUGUGGCAAUAGUUUGUACAGUUCUGAUUGUUAUCUCAUUACCUUACCCACUUUUGGAACGACAUUAUAAUGAACUAAACAUAUUCAUUAAAAUGUUUGCUUGUUUAUUACCCAGUUUAGGCAUGGGUUUCUUAUGCAUUUUAAUUGGGCAAUUCGAGGGCGCAGGUUUGGGUGUACAAUUCUCAUCUUAUUUCAAACCAGCUUCUCCAGAUGACAGUCUAUCUAUUCAUCUCCUCUGCUCAAUGUUUAUUUUCGAUUCUAUUGUAUUUCUGAUACUUACUCAUUAUAUAAGUGCUGUUUGGCCUGGAAAAUACGGUAUUCCCAAACCAUGGUACUUCCCAUUUCUCUGUUUAUGUAGGCGAAAACUAACUUUCGAAGUCCUGCUUGAUAACGCAAAACCGAAUGAGCUGACAAGAAAUGCAAAAGAAACAACAAGAUUACUCUCUUUACCAAAUACUGAUGGUAGAAAUGAAGAGUUGCAAACAAACCAACAAAUAAACAUUAAUAAUACUGAGUUUAUUCCAUCAGAUCCAUUUCCUGAGAAAAACGAACCUUUACUUGAGCAUAAUGAUGAUGGCGAUGACACACUUGAACGACUAUCUGCACAAAGUUCAGACAUGCAUGAAUAUUUCGAAAGCGAACCUGUUGGUUUACAAGUUGGGAUUGCAAUUGAUCACUUAUGUAAAGUCUAUUCUAACAAGCAAUCUACGGUUGUUGCUGUGUCUGGUUUAACAAUGAACAUUUAUGAAGGCCAAAUAACUGUACUUCUAGGGCAUAAUGGGGCUGGUAAAACUACGACUCUAUCCAUACUGACCGGUUUAUAUCCACCCACUUCUGGUACAGCUUAUAUAUACGGUCAUGAUAUUCGUAAUGAUAUAGAAGGUAUUCAUGGAAAUCUUGGUUUUUGUUCACAACACGACGUUUUAUACGACACAUUAACUGUCGAAGAACAUCUUUAUCUGUCUGCUCACCUCAGAGGCUGUGAUAAUUCCACUGUCGAACAACAAGUGGAAAGAACUUUAAGAAAAAUUUAUUUGCGUGACAAAAAGAGUGAGUACACAAAAGCAUUGUCUGGUGGAAUGAAACGGAGACUAUCUAUUGGAAUGGCCCUAAUAGGUGAUUCUAAAGUUCUUAUAUUAGACGAACCUACCUCAGGAUUGGAUCCUGAAGCACGUCGUCAAGUGUGGGAUAUACUGCAAGCUGAGCGUCAACAGAAAACAAUCCUAGUUACUACACACUAUAUGGAUGAAGCUGACCAUUUAGGUGACCGUAUCGCAAUCAUGGCUGGCGGUGAACUCAAGUGUUGUGGAUCACCACUGUUCUUGAAAGCAAAAUAUGGUGCCGGUUACUUACUGUCUAUCGUCAAACAAUCCAGUUGUUCAUCUGAUUAUGUAUUAAAACAAGUUAAACAUCACAUCCCUAAUGCAUUUACACGCAGUGAUUAUGGUGAAGAGAUCCGCAUACUGCUACCAUUAGAAUCAAUAGAUAAAUUUGGAAAUUUAUUUGAGGAUCUGGAGUCAAAUAAAAUUAGUUUGGGCAUUUCAAGUUUUGGUGUAUCUGUCACAACAAUGGAAGAAGUAUUCUUUCAAGUUAGUAAGCAGACGAAUAUAGUCAGUUGUUGCAGUCGCGAAACUCGUGAGAGAAGAUGCAAAACAACUGAACAAAGCCGAUGUACACCAGAAACUAAAGUCGGUCAUAAACAACUACGCAGUCAGGGCUUUUUAUUCUACCGCCAACAAUUUUGUGCUUUAAUGAUCAAGCGUUACAUAUUCACAAAACGCAAUUUAAUAUUCGUUCUCAGUCAAAUUGUUGUACCCAUUGCGUUCACCUUGAUCGCUUUAUUCAUAUUUCAUCAUUUACUAAAUAAAAACAAUUCACUCGAUCCACGUUUGGACUUGUUAUUAAAGCCUUAUGGUAAAGAUUUGUUACUUACAUUUAGCAAUGAAGCUGAGGGUUGGGAAAAACGUCAAAACACUGAUCAGUUUAUUCAGUCCUAUAUGCGGCAGUUUGAUAGUAAGCAAGUUACGCCAAUUGAAUUCAAUACAUCCACAGGAAGUUAUGAAGAUCAUCUACUGAAACAAAUAGCCAUUCCUCACUUGUUUUACUUCCGUCUCAAAUCAAUUAUCGGGCUAGUGGUUGAUACAAAAUCAACUCUCAAAGACCAAAUCAUUUCAUUACGUGCUUACUUUCAAGGUGAAUCAUUUCAUGCUGCUCCAAUUUCUUUGAAUGCAGUCGUGAACGGAUUUUUACAGUACCUAACUUCAGUUAAUCAGACAAUAUGCCCUGGUCUAACUACUAACAACAGUCCGCCACAAAUUUAUGUAUCUAAUCAACCUCUGCCUGAAACCAAAGAGGAACGUGCCAAACAGAUUGAUGAAAUCGAAGGUCUUAUGCGCGUUGUAGUAGCAGGCUUUCCAUUAGCGUCGAAUAUUCUAUUCGCUGCGUCCUAUUUGGCCUCUUGUUUUGGUUUCUUUCCAGUUUAUGAAACUGUAACUAAGGCGAAGCAUUUGCAAUUUGUUUCUGGAGUAAAAUUAGCACUCUACUGGAUAUCUAUCUAUGUGUGGGAUCUGUGCAUAUUUUUUCUAUCCGUUGGUUCUAUAUUAUUGUGCUUUAUGGCAUUCAAUUUGGAACAGUUUGCUCUUGGUGAAAGGUUUCACAAUUUAGUUAUAUUAUUUGGAUUGUUCAUUUGGGCUGUAUUACCGCAAACAUAUUUGUUGUCUCGACUAUUCCGAUCACCUACAUCUGGUUUGGUUUGGAUUACAGCUAUCAAUGUAUUCACUGCUUCUAUCGGUCUUAUAAUGGUUGGUUUACUAUCUCAUCCAAUGAUUCAUCAACAAGCAGUUGGGGUUUGUCUAAUGUAUUUUUGGAUUGCUAUUUCUCCAUCAUUUUGUCUUUCUCAUGGUAUAUUCCAAUUAUUUAUUAAUUAUCAGUUUCGUCAAGUUUGCGAUUCUCCACUUGUUCAAUUCUUAUGUCUUGUGGACCAGGUAAACGCUUGCUGCUUAAAAACCUGUGAUCCAUUCUGUGCAUAUUGGACCAAUAAUGAAUUAUCCUAUGAAUUGGGUGGUGUUGGCGCUCAUCUUACUGCUUUAUCUAUACAUGGCUUUCUCUAUUUUUCCCUUGUAUUAAUUUCAGAUUCGUCAAUUGGAAGAAAUUUAAAGAUCUGUUUCAUCAUAUUGUAUAGACGUUUUCGUUAUCGACAUCACAAUCCUGAAUUAUUGUUAUUAAAUCAGUAUCACGAUGACUUAAGCUUCGACGAUAGUAAUUUGCCAGCUGAAGAUGUUGAUGUACGCCAACACAGGCAUCUAGUUGAAUCGUUACCGUACGCACGACUAAAAGAACAAACUUCUCUUGCACUAUGCCGCGUUAGUAAAACUUAUGGAUCAAUUAAUCCACGGUGUAAACAAAACAAAAAACCUGCAGUAGACCGCCUAUCCUUAGCUAUUCCUCCAUCAGAAUGCUUUGGUUUAUUAGGCGUAAAUGGUGCGGGGAAAACGACAACUUUUCGAAUGAUAACGGGGGAUUUAGAACCUUCUUCUGGACAUAUAAUAGUUGUUGGACAUGAUUUAAAUAGAAAUUUACGAAAAGCACAACAGUCUUUGGGUUACUGUCCACAAUUUGAUGCACUCUUACCGUAUCUUACUGGAUAUGAAACAUUGCAGUUGUUUGCUCGUCUACGUGGAAUUCAAGAAGGGCUUUUAAAUACAGAAAUCGAUCAACUAUUAAGUGAUCUGAAGUUAACUGAUCUUGCUCACGUUUUAGUUAGUCGGUACAGUGGUGGGAAUCGACGAAAGUUAAGUGUAGCCAUAGCGCUUGUUGGUGAAACUCCGCUUAUUUGUUUAGAUGAACCUACUACCGGUGUAGAUCCUAUAUCACGUAGACAUAUUUGGAAUUUGCUCUUAAAAUAUAGACGUCAAGGACGUACACUGGUACUCAGCUCACAUAGUAUGGAAGAAUGUGAAGCAUUAUGUUCUCGUGUCAGUAUUGUUGUCAAUGGUAGAAUGAAAUGUUUAGGAACGUGCCAACACUUAAAAGCACGUUUCGGUCAUGGCUAUAGUCUUAAUAUACAAGUGAUGAUUCCGAUGGUAAAUCAUCAUCUCAGUUCAUUUAAUGCUGAACCAACCGUGUCAUCAACAUCAAGUUCCCGUGUCCCACAUCAGUUGUCAUUAAUUAAUGCAGUAAAUACUGUGGAUAGUUUUGUCAAACGUGAAUUUCCCGAUGCACGUUUAGUUGAUCGACAUCAGGGUGUACUACAAUAUCAUUUACCAACAGAUGGGAGAAAUCAAAUACGCUUAAGUCAUAUAUUCCACCUUAUGGAAUCGAAUAAAACACGUCUCGGACUACUAAAUUAUUCAAUUAAUCAAACAACUCUAGAACAAAUAUUUAUAGAUUUAAUUAAACUACAAGAAGAACCUGUAAAUCAAUAA